CGAUCACGUUCCCCAACGUCGAUGCGGGUUUCAAUACCGACCAUAUCUUUGGACCCUCUUGUCACCAAGGCAUUCCCUCAAGUCUCCAAGACUGAAGCCGUAUCUCGCCUAGUGUCUUUCAUAGAACCUGGAAAUGUCGCUGUGCUGACGGGCGCAGGCAUUAGUGUAGAUUCUGGCAUACGCGCGUACAGAGGACAAAACGGCCGAUAUCUCAACCCAAACUAUCAUCCCAUCUUCUUUCACGAACUGGCCGACCCAACCCCUAAAGGCCACCGGUUUAGGCAGAGGUACUGGGCACGAUCAUAUCUAGGGUGGCCAGCUAUCAAAGAAGCAAAACCAUCAACAUCCCAUUAUGCUAUAGGGGCUCUACAAUAUUCAAAUCUUGUCCAUAAGCUCAUCACCCAAAAUGUAGACGGCCUUCAUGGAAAGGCGAUUCCAAUAACUUGGGGAGCUUAUGAGAAACAAAGACGAAUUCUGGAAUUGCAUGGACGUUUAAGGACAGUUAGCUGUACUAGGGGUCACUCGCAAUCUAGGGCAGUUUUUCAAGAGCGAAUAUCUUCCCUUAACCCCUCUUGGCGCAAGUAUGUGGACGAACUCGCGCGUACAGGGUCCGAACCUCGGACAAAUCCUGAUGGUGAUGUCGAAUUGAGGGGCCGUUAUUUUACUGACUUUGUCGUCCCGAACUGCGAGUUGUGUUUGCUCGAGGGGGUAAAUGCGGAUGAGGCCUCAAUUAUAAAGCCGGACGUUAUAUUCUUUGGGGAAUCAAUAUCAUCUGCCGUGAAAGAUCGAUCAUUUCGGGAUCUUGAGUGUUGCGAUAAGCUGUUGGUAAUUGGGACAACUCUAGCGACUUAUUCUGCAUUCAGGAUUGUCAAACAUGCAUUGGAAGUAGGAAAGCCAGUCAUGAUGCUGAACAUUGGGCCGACCCGAGCAGAUAAGUUUGAACGAAUUGAGAAAAUAGAAAUGAAAAGUGGGGCUGUUCUUACGGACGUUUGUUCGCUAGUUCUAGGGCCAAAAGCACAUCACGAUCCAGAGUUACGCCGUUUAAUGAUGAGUGGUGUUGUUCAACCGCCUAUCGAUGAUACAGCGGACAAUGACACUGGCGGAUGAAUCGUCCGAGUUGGUACAGCAAUCAGAAGCUUUCUAUGGUGCCUUGAAUGUUGCCUUAUUCGGCAUGCUUCCCUGUAGCUUGAUCAUUGCCGGCAGAUCCAAUAAUUCUCCGGAUUCUGAACGCGUGCUUGGUGGUGGCGAUUGCGC